AUGAAUAAUAUUAUACCUUCGAAGAAACGAGAACAUCCUGUCGAAUUAGAAAUAGAUCAGUUGGUUACAGAACGAGCCAAAAAACGUUAUGUCUCGGAGUUCUUGUCCUCCGAGUUGACUGCUUUGUCUUUACAUGGCGGCCUUGAGAGCGGAGGUCUGUCUAAUAAUAAUAGUGUUGAACAAGAAGAAAAUGGUACAAUGGAAUUAGACAGUGAUCACGAAUCUCAAGUAUCGCAAGGAAAAAAAAUCACAACUUCUUUUACAAGACGAAAGCAUGUGGUCAUGGUUACAGAUCUCGACGCAGAAACGGAUUCAGAACAAAGUGAAGAAGAAAAAACCACCUCUUUUGAGAUUCCAAUUGAGAUUCGAAAAUCAUUGAAGAAGAUACCAAAAGAAUUGUUGGGAAACAAAUCGCGGAUUAAAGAGAUGGUUCAUGAGCGACGAAUUAGUGAUAUAAUGGAGAACGGUAAACUUUCGCCAAUUCCUGAAGAUCCAACAUCUCCUGUUGUUGAAAUGGAAAUGGAUUUAGAUGCGAGUUUGGAAUGUGAAAUUAACAAAAAUUAUGAAGCAUAUUCGGCCGAAGACGACGAAAACGUAAUGGAAUUGUGA